ACGAACCCAAAGAGCCGAAAUCCCAAGCGAAGAAGCCUGAACGAAAGUCACUGGCGCGGGCGGUCGGCGUCCGUGCGAGGCGCCCCGUGCGAUUCAUCCUUCUCGCUCAGACUCGGCUGGGAAAGACAACAGGAGCUCACGCAUUCCAGCAAAGAGUAACCAUGGAGACUAGUGGUCCAGAAAAUCCCCCAGAAGGACAGACUUCCGCCCCUCACAACAAUUUCCGUGGCAGAGGAUCUUUCAGGAGCCGUGGCGGUGGAUUCCGUGGAAGAGGCGGCCCCGGCUUUUCAGCGGCACGAGGUGGAGGAUUCAGAGGAAGAGGCGCGCCUGGCUUUUCUCCGGGACCCAUGCGUGCUAGAUUCCGUGGUCGUGGAGGUUUCCGUGGAGGACGGGGUGGCCCUGAUGGUGGAUACCGUGGUGGCUUCCGUGGAAACUUCAGAGGAGGAUUCAGAGGCAACACAUAUGGUCAAAACCGCGGUGGCGGAUUCCGAGGUCGUGGUAGUGGUGCUCCCCGCGGUAGUUAUGGUGGAGGUUUUGGUGAAGGUGGCGGCUACAGGGGAGGGUACAACAGUGGAGGCUAUGGAGGACGUGGAGCUCCCAGAGGACGUGGCAGAGGAGACUUCGAUGGCGUAUUCCAGAAGCGAGGGGCUUCGCGUGGUUCAUAUGGCGGCCCUCCCAUGAAGCGGCCCAGGAUGGAUGGGGAGAGUGGCUACGGUAACAGUGGCUACGGUGGUGGAGGAUAUAACUCUACCAACUAUGACAACAAUUACAGUGGCCAGAGUUACAACAGCAACCAGGGAUACAACAGUGGAUACGAUAAAUACCAGUCAAACUCUGGUUAUGACAACAGCUACGGGGGCGGCCAAAGUUAUGGGGGCAGCAACUUCGACAACUAUGACAGUAGGGGUGGGUACAGCACGUCCCAGGCAGGCUACAACAAUGGUACGUACUAAGCCCUUUACACAAACCCAGCAAAGCCAGGUUGCACAUAGAGGAUGUAGCAAGGUUUGUGGGGAGCAAGUACUGUCUUUAAAAACCUGUUCAAGUGGGAGACUUGAUUGGUGCUGUGCAACAACAAAGAUUAAAUCACCAUAAAACAAAAAUGAUAAGGCAGUGGAGUCAUAGAAGUUUAUAAUGAAAGAAUGUGAAAAUGAAGAGAGGAUGCCCAAAGACAAAAAAUAAAUGAAUGUUUAUGAACAUGAAGAGUCUGAAGAUGAAUAAGAAAAAGACAGGAACAGAAUAUGAACAAUAAUGCUUAAAAACAAGCAUGGAGUGACAAGUAAAAGAUAAUAAUGAAAUAUUAGUAAUAAAAGUGAAAAUCAUAUAAUACAAGAAAUUACUCAGCAGAUUGAAGUGAAUUGUGUAUGGCUUCUUAAGUGUAAGAAAAACAUCCCAUGUACCCUGUGGAGGCUAUUAUUAAUUUUAUGUUUACUAAUGUGUUUGUAAUUAGGUAACUGACCAAACCAGGGGGUUGUUAGGGUGAGAAGUAUGUAAUGACAAUGGAUUAAUGUAAACAAUGAACUUUGUGUAAAGUGACCAUAGGCCAUCUUUUUUUUUUUUAAUGGUAUUUAAAAUUGUUUGUGUCUUCGGGGGUCCAUUUAUUUUUAUACUUGAAGUAACUGAAAGAUACUGUAAGUAAAUUGAAUUUAUGUGAGCUCCUUUUGUCUUUCUGACAAAUUUACAAUACAAAAAAAAAAAAAGGAAAAAACAGAAAGGCCAUGGUCAAGAUGUGAAUUGUCUGUCCUUUGUAUUCUUAACAAGUGCUGCUAGCAGUUAGGCUUGCAGUUGUUCAAGUACAAUAAAACCUUUAAGUGAAAAA